GUUCGGAAGGGGGCGCGGCGGGGUGGGCGUGGCCUCGCCCUUCUCACGUGACGCGGUCGCGCCGAAGCCCCUCUCGGCCUCCUCCCCCCCUUCCACCAGCGUCACGUGUCCAGGAGGGGGCGGUCGCGGCCGCGCUGGGUUUAGUUGUCAGUGUGUGUGGUGGCGGCGGCGGCGGUGGAGACUCAGAGUUCUACCUUGUAAAUACUGUUAUUUGUAUAUACUGUAAAUGAUGACAUCGGUGGGCACUAACCGAGCCCGGGGAAGCUGGGAACAGACACAGACGCAGAACCAGGCACAGCACAAGCAGCGGCCACAGGCCACUGCAGAGCAGAUUCGGCUUGCACAGAUGAUAUCGGACCACAACGAUGCUGACUUUGAGGAGAAAGUGAAACAACUAAUCGACAUCACAGGCAAGAACCAGGAUGAGUGCGUCAUCGCCCUGCACGACUGUAACGGGGACGUGAACAGAGCCAUCAACGUGCUAUUGGAGGGGAAUCCAGACACGCACUCCUGGGAGAUGGUCGGCAAGAAGAAAGGUGUUUCAGGACAGAAGGACAGUGGGCAGACGGAACCCAGCGAAGAAGGCAAAGAGAACCGAGAGAGGGAGAGAGACUUCAGCCGACGACGUGGUGGAUUGCCAAGAAGGGGCCGGGGUGCGAGCCGCGGAAGAGAGUUUCGGGGCCAGGAGAACGGACUGGAUGGUGGCAAGACUGGUGGAUCUUCUGGAAGAGGCACAGAGAGAGGCCGACGGGGGCGUGGGCGAGGCAGAGGUGGAUCUGGAAGACGGGGAGGAAGGUUCUCAGCCCAAGGCAUGGGAACUUUCAACCCAGCGGACUAUGCGGAGCCAGCCAGCACGGAAGAAGGUUACGGGAAUAGCAACAGCAACACGUGGAACAACACUGGUAGCUUUGAACCGGACGAUGGGACGAGUGCGUGGAGGACAGCGACGGAGGAGUGGGGGACCGAGGACUGGAAUGAAGAUCUUUCGGAGACCAAGAUCUUCACCGCGUCCAACGUCUCUUCGGUGCCUCUGCCUGCAGAAAACGUGACCAUCACGGCUGGACAGAGAAUCGACCUGGCAGUGCUGUUAGGAAAGACCCCUUCUUCUCUGGAGAACGAGUCUCCCAGCCUGGAUUCCUCGCAGGCUCCGGCUCUCAGCCAGCCGCUGGUGUUCAGCAAUUCCAAGCAGAGCACCAUCUCCCAGCCCACAUCGGGGAACACCUUCUCUCACCACGGCAUGGUGAGCAUGCUGGGGAAGGGGUUCAGCGACGUUGGCGAGGCGAAAGGCACCCCCACCACCCCUACCACGGGCUCGCAGUUCCUCGAGCAGUUCAAGACGGCUCAGGCUCUGGCCCAGCUGGCAGCUCAGCACCCCCAGCCCGCUGGGAGCAGCAGCACGGCCGCCUCCUGGGACAUUGGCGCCACCCCCCAGUCCUCCUCUCUCGUGCAGUACGAUCUGAAGAACCCGUCAGACUCCACGGUGCACAGCCCGUUUGCCAAGCGCCAGGCCUUCCCGCCCACCUCGGCCAUGAUGGAUGUGUUCCUGCAGGACAAGCCGCCUGUGGGGACCGCCUCCGUCGCGGCCCCGCCGCCCCCCUCAUCCCCCCUGGCUAGCAAAACCAACCCAGUCCCUCAGAUGUCCCCGGGCUCCUCGGACAACCAGUCCUCCAGCCCCCAGCCGGCCCAGCAGAAGUUGAAGCAACAGAAGAAGAAGGCCUCCUUGACAUCAAAGAUUCCCGCUUUGGCGGUGGAGAUGCCCGGCUCUGCGGAUAUCUCAGGGCUCAACUUGCAGUUCGGGGCGUUGCAGUUCGGUUCGGAACCUGUCCUCUCGGAGUACGAACCCACUCCGGCCACGAGUGCCUCCGCGAGCCAGCCUCCGAGCAGCCUGUACACAAGUACGGCGAGCGAGUCUCUGUCCACGAUUUCGUCCAACAAGACCCAGGAGUCUGGUUACCAGAGCAGCACCAUGCCUACAGCAACAUAUACCUCCCAGAACAGCGCUCAGGGACCACUGUAUGAGCAGAGAUCCACCCAGACCCGGCGAUACCCAAACUCCAUCUCGUCCUCACCACAGAAAGACUUGACCCAGGCCAAGAAUGGCUUCAGCUCUGUGCCACCAACGCAGCUGCAAACCACGCAGACGGCUGAAGGUUCCGCAGGCCCCACAGUGAAAUCGGACUCCCCCUCCACGCCCAGCAUCGCAGCCCCUCUCAACGACACCGUCUCCGCCGCCUCCUUGCUCACCACGGGCACCCAGCACUCCUCGGUGCUCAGCAGCUUGAACCAUGCCGAGGAGCUCCCCAGCACAGCCACCACACAACACAGCAGCAAGCUUGAUUGACCAACGUUCCUCUCCCUCUCUGUAGCACGUUACCCCACCCAGCAGAACAGCCUCUCCUCCUCAACUUCCUCUGGCCGCACGUCAACUUCAACUCUUUUGCACACCAGCGUAGAGAGCGAAGCCGGCCUCCAUUCUUCCGCAAGCACUUUCUCCACCUCCUCCAGCACGGUCUCGGCUGCCCCGCCUGUGGUCAGCGCCCCCUCCAGCCUGAGCAGCGUCAGCAGCCUGGGCCUCAGCAGCAACUCCACGGUGACCGCCACCACCCGCAGCUCGGUGGCCACGACGUCAGGCAAAGCUCCCCCCAACUUGCCUCCUGGAGUCCCACCGUUGCUGCCGAACCCGUACAUCAUGGCUCCGGGGCUGUUGCAUGCAUAUCCACCCCAAGUUUACGGCUACGAUGACCUGCAGAUGCUUCAGACGAGAUUCCCGUUGGACUACUACAGCAUCCCGUUCCCCACGCCGACCACCCCACUGACUGGAAGGGACGCCAGCCUGAGCAGCAACCCUUAUUCUGGCGACCUCACAAAGUUCGGCCGAGGCGACGCCUCUUCCCCGGCGCCGGCGACGACCCUGGCGCAGCCCCAGCAGAACCAGACGCAGACGCACCACACCACCCAGCAGACCUUCCUGAACCCGGCUCUGCCCCCUGGCUACAGCUACACCAGCCUGCCGUACUACACCGGAGUCCCGGGGCUGCCCAGCACCUUCCAGUAUGGGCCUGCUGUGUUCCCCGUUGCGCCUACCUCUUCUAAGCAGCAUAGCGUGAAUGUCAGCGUGAACGCCUCAGCCACUCCGUUUCAGCAGCCCAGUGGCUAUGGCUCCCACGGAUACAGCACCGGCGUGUCGGUAACAUCCAGUAACACGGGCGUGCCCGACAUCUCUGGCUCGGUCUACUCCAAAACACAGCAGUCCUUUGAGAAGCAGGGAUUUCACACUGGGACCCCAGCGGCCUCUUUCAAUUUGCCGUCGGCGCUGGGCAGCGGUGGUCCCAUCAACCCUGCCACGGCUGCAGCGUACCCGCCGGCCCCGUUCAUGCACAUCCUGACGCCGCAUCAGCAGCCGCACUCCCAGAUCCUGCACCACCACCUGCAGCAGGACGGGCAGCCGAUUCUGUACUUCCAACGCCAGCAAGAAGACCAGAGCGCCACCGGCCAGCGCAGCCAGGGAAGUUCCAUCCCGCAGAAAUCGCAGGCCAACAAGUCCGCCUACAACAGCUACAACUGGGGCGCCAACUGAAGGGGCCCGGCGGCGGCUCCACACUUCAACCAAGAGACGGACGGACGGACGGAAGCAGACGACCGACAGACAGCGACCUAACCAAGAAGGAAGGACCCCCCCGGGGGAGGAGCUCCCUUACCCUCGGCUUGGCCCUCGCAAGCCCCAGCGAGCACGGCCCACGUGGCCGCGCUCGGUGUUCUCCCCCACCCCGCCACCCUCUCUCUUCCCUUCCCCCUCCCUCAAUUGUAUGUAAUAUAGAAUUUGUAUCUUUUUUUCCCCCUUUUUUUUCUCUCUCUCUCUCUCUGCAUUCAUUCAGAUUACGAGCUGUUCAGCCGUAGGGGCCUUUCUUUUUUUUUGGUUUCGUUUUUCUACUCCCUUUACUCCUCUCCCCACUUCCCCCCCCCCCAAAAAAAGUACCGCCCGGCGGAUCCAAAGGAGUCAACACCUGGAGUUCCCCCCUCCUCCUACAAUGCCCCCCUUUAUUAUUAGGAAUAAGAGCAGUAAUUGAUAUGAACCGCAUUGUAAGAUUAAUUAGUUGAAGUGUUUUUUUUGUACUGUGUUCUAAAUUUAAUGGAUAAAUGUGUCUUGUAUAUAAAAACGAAAACCCCACUCUG